AUGUCUUUGACUAGCGAACAAGUUGUAUUAUUACGAAGUUCUUGGCAAACAAUUGGAAAACUAGGGAUGAGUAACGUUGGACUUGCUGUAUUACACAGGUUGUUCAAUGAUGUCCCCGAAACUCUUCCAUUUUUUCAUUCUGUGCUUUCGCCUACACAGCAAACUGAAAUCGAAGUUUUGAAAUCAAAUGCCAAAGUCGUGAGGCAUGCGUCCAGAGUUGGAUUAUCAAUCGACAAAAUAAUCAAUCUUCUGGAUAACGGAGAAGAACUGGUGAAAUAUUUAUUGUUUCUUGGCAAAGUACACGUGAAACGUUCUAUUCCAAGAAAAUAUUUCUCGGCAAUGGGACCUGUUUUGUUGAGUGUAAUAUCAGCAGUUCUUGAAAAGGACCUCGAUGCACCAGUAAUGCAAGCUUGGGCUACGGCAUACGGUGUGAUAGAAAAGGGCAUUAUAGACGGAAUGUGA